AUGUCCGAUCGCCCCACAGACCACCUGCAGCCUAGCAGCAAGCGGCGGCCCGGCGAGCAGCUUACGAAGGACGACGCAGACGACGACGAAGGGCCAGGGCAUGAACCUGGAGACUGGGGCACGUCCAGCAAGGCGGACGAGGCGACCCUGUCGAAGCGCAAAAUAAUUCGGGCACGUCGCGGGCCGGUGGGGGCGGCGCCCAGCCCCCAACCUGAGGCGCCUCCUGAAGCAUCAGCCGCAGCCGGAGCAGCGCCCGUGGGCGGCGAUGUGGCGGCUGCCAACCCUUUUGCUGGGCGAACGCUGGCGUCGGACAAUGGCGGCAGUGACAAGGCCCUCGACAAGGUUGCGGAGGCGCCCCCCGCUGAGAUCGAGUCUGUGUCCAACGUCGCAACGGAUGCGGCACCAACGGCCGCUGCAGGGCCCGACAAGGCUGUGGAGGCAAGCAAGCCGGCAGGUACCUCGCCCAGCGGCACACCCUCUGUGUUUGGCAGUGGGAGCGGCUUUGGCUCCUUUGCCGGCGGAGGUUUUGGCGGCUUUGCGGGCUCCACAGGCAGCGGGUUUGGUGGCUUUGGUGGCAGCGCCGUGGCAGCUGGAGGCGGCAGCCUUUUUGGUUUUGCAGGCACUGGCAGUGUUGCGGGCGGCUCUAAGCCAGCGUUUGGGGGGGCGAGCGGCGGCUUUGGCAGCGGCGCCGCUGACAAAGGCACAGGCACUGGCCAGGGGGAGCGGAGCGAGGACGGUGGGGAUGCGAAGGAGGGUGGCGAGGGUGAGGAAGUGUUUGGCGGGCCCGAGGUGGCGCCUGUUGUCACGCUGGAGGAGGUGCCCAAGGUCACUGGGGAGGAGAGCGAGGUCAUGCUCUACACAGCCGACGGUGCUCUUUUCGAAUUUGACGCGGAGGCUCGGUCCUGGCACGAGCGUGGCCGCGGCGAGUUCCGAAUCAACCGCGACCCGGAGAGUGGCGCAGGCCGCGCCGUGAUGCGUGAGCGUGCCAGCAAGCGCCUCAUCCUCAAUGCUCGGCUCUACCCCACCAUGCCCACCAGCCGCAUGGCGCAGCCGCAGAAAGGUGUCACCUUUGCUGUUGUCAAUGCCGCGCCCGCACCUGGCGACACCUCAGCCGCAGCGGCAGCUGCGGACGGGCGGGGCGUAGCGGCUGCGGGCGCUGCCGCUGAUGAAGACAAGGGCAAGCUGGGUGGCAGCAGCGAGGGCAGUGCGGGUGCGCUGGUGACGUACGCGCUGCGGCUGAAGACGACAGAGGCGGUUGACUCGCUGCUCGCGGUGGUGGAGAGCUGGAAGGCGCGGGCCAAGGCGCAGGGCGGCGGCGGCGGCGGUGGGGCCGGAGAAGAUGCGGUGUGA